CAUCCACUUGGGGCGCAGAACUGUGCUAACCUCCUGGAAUACACAGGAGACACAGUUUCUGCUCCUGCAGGGGUUAAAGUUCUACCACCGGAGGCUAGGGUUAGGAGGUUUAGUGAGUUAACAUUCCCCCCACCCCACCCCCAGAUACUUUGCUCCGCUAAGAAUGCCCCCUUAGCUGACUUCCUGCGCGCUGGUAUUCGGAGCUCGUCGCCUUGGGGUCAGAUCCCGUGUAGUCGCUCCCAGGAGCCUGAUUCAAGUUCUGGCCUUGGAUCCCACGGCAUCCGCACACCCCAACCUUGAGCGGCUUUCGAACUGAAACGGUGAACGGCGUUUCCAGCCCAAUGGAAGCUGGGAACGUGUGGGGGCCCCGGAGUGGCCAAGAAGGGGCUUGAAGAACUCUGAGCUUCAGGGUCCCGCAGCCACGCGCGGCAAAUUGCUUCUUGGCCUUGUUCGCGACUCGUGAGGUUUGCGGUGCUCUCGAAGUGGCUGGAGAGCGGCCGCGGGAGCAGCGUGCGGGCGCCGCGGUCCAGGUGGCGGGGAGAUCUCAGCGAAAACGUAGCAGGGGCGCGGAGCCGCGGGCGGCGGCGGCGUCAGCGCGUCCAGAGGUAGCGGUACACGUGGAGAGGAGGAAACUUUGCGUGCCCGGGAGGAUCGCGUCGGCCGAGGAGCUCGCCCGGCGGGGGCCGCGAGGCUGAGCUGCGCCGCGGGGCUGGGAAGGGACGACCGCUGGCCCUCCGCGGGACGCGCUCCCAGCCCCCUCCCUGCGCACCCCACCCCCUUCCCUCCGCCGCGCACGCAGCGCCGCGGUCCCUGUCAGAAGCGGCCGGAUCCGCCCCAGCCAAGCAGGGCCCGACUCGCACCCAGGACCCUGGGCCUUCGCCUUCGCUCUAGCCUGGGAGAAGCAUCGGGCCCUCCUCUCCUCCCGAGGAGGACGCGGGCGGGCAGGACGUCCCAGCAAGGCCGGCCGCCGGCGGCCACGUCCCGGCCCGGCCCGGGCGCGCCGAGGAGCGGAGCCAGGGGCCGGCGCUCGCUCCGGCUCCCUCCCGGGCGCGCCGGAGCCGGGGGCGGCCGCUCCGGCUGCAGCCUCGAGGGCCUGCGCCUCCCCCGGCCGAAGCUUCCCGCAGCGCUCGGCAACUUCAUUUGGCUCCUGCCGCGGGGAGCGAGUUCACCCAUCAGGUCCUCCCCGCGCGGCCCGAACAUGCUGGACGGCCUGAAGAUGGAGGAGAACUUCCAAAGCGCCAUCGAAACGUCGGCCUCCUUCUCCUCGCUGCUGGGCAGAGCGGUGAGCCCGAAGUCUGUCUGCGAGGGCUGCCAACGGGUCAUCUCGGACAGGUUUCUGCUGCGGCUCAACGACAGCUUCUGGCAUGAGCAGUGCGUGCAGUGCGCCUCCUGCAAAGAGCCCUUGGAGACCACCUGCUUCUACCGGGACAAGAAGCUCUACUGCAAGUUUGACUACGAGAAGCUGUUUGCUGUCAAAUGUGGGGGCUGCUUUGAGGCCAUCGCACCCAACGAGUUUGUUAUGCGGGCCCAGAAGAGCGUGUACCACCUGAGCUGCUUCUGCUGCUGUGUCUGCGAACGGCAGCUCCAGAAGGGCGAUGAGUUUGUCCUGAAGGAGGGGCAGCUGCUCUGCAAAGGGGACUAUGAGAAGGAGCGGGAGCUGCUCAGCCUGGUGAGCCCAGCAGCGUCAGACUCAGGGAAAAGUGAUGAUGAGGAAAGUCUCUGCAAGUCAGCCCAUGGGGCAGGGAAAGGAGCCUCUGAGGACAGCAAGGACCAUAAGCGCCCCAAACGUCCCAGAACUAUCCUGACAACCCAACAGAGGAGAGCAUUCAAGGCCUCGUUUGAAGUAUCCUCCAAGCCGUGCAGGAAGGUGAGGGAGACCCUGGCUGCAGAGACAGGGCUGAGCGUCCGUGUGGUUCAGGUGUGGUUCCAGAACCAGAGAGCUAAGAUGAAGAAGCUGGCCCGGCGGCAGCAGCAGCAGCAGCAAGAUCAGCAGAACACCCAGAGGCUGAGUUCCGCUCAGACAAACGGUGGCGGGAGCGCGGGCAUGGAAGGGAUCAUGAACCCCUACACGGCUCUGCCCACCCCACAGCAGCUCCUGGCCAUCGAGCAGAGUGUCUACAGCUCAGACCCCUUCCGACAGGGGCUCACCCCACCCCAGAUGCCUGGAGACCACAUGCACCCCUAUGGUGCUGAGCCCCUCUUCCACGAGCUGGAUAGUGAGGACACCUCCCUCAGUAACCUGGGUGACUGUUUCCUAGCAACCUCAGAAGCCGGGCCCCUGCAGUCCAGAGUGGGAAACCCCAUCGAUCAUCUGUACUCCAUGCAGAAUUCUUACUUCACCUCUUGAGUCCUCCCCCUGAAUUCUGUGGCUCAGCUCCCAUUCUGGAACAACUGUAUUACGUGAGGGGUCGACUGGCUUUAGUAUGGGGAGGCAGGGAAGAGGUGGGGUGGGUGGGAGUUCUGUUGGGGAUGCUUUGUAUAAUGAUAUGGUGUAGCUUGGCAUUUCCAAAGACUGAAUACAUUACGGAUUGCAUAGUUUAAUGUUUCUAAUAAGAGUCUUAGUGUUAGGUACGAAAAUGUGUUUAUCAUUAAGGACAGGGACUUUUAAUAUAGGCAUUUUCAUGCAAACUAGAUACUAGAGACCCCUAGCAACUUCCCACCAUUUUGGGGGGAAUCUCUUGUCGAGAGGUGCAUAUGUCUACCCAUCCACACACCCAUAGACAGACAGACGGAUAGAUAGAUGUGUGCGUGAGUGUGUAACCUUUCAUACUUUAUCAUCAAAGUUUAUUCCUAAUUAUAACAGACACCAACUGUACAGCAAAAAGUAACUUUAUUUUCAGUGUGAACUAUAUUUAAGGAAAUGCUUGAUGCACUUAAGUUAUAAAAUGAGAUAAUUUACUUUUAUAAACUUUAUUUUGAGUUUGAAGAGACUUGUGGGCAGGGCAGAGAGCGCCGCUCCACUGAGGCCCGUAGCUUUGAGUGCUUGAGUUAAUUCUGUUUUCAGAGAGUGUUGUUGAGGUCUGGAAAGCAAUUACCCUGUGUGGCUGACAGUAUUUACUGGUGGAUUCUUGCUCUGUUUGAGGUGGAAUCAAUCACUGGGCUUGUGGGGGGGACAGAACAAUUCCUGAUCAUUAGGAAAUUUAAAGCCUAGACUCUUUGGCUUUCUUUGAAAUUCAGACAUGUGACUGUUGGGAAGUCACACGACUAGGACGUUGACUAGGAAAGUCAAUUCUGCUCUUGAACUUCACCAUCUGCAAGUGUGGGAUGAGGCUGAUAGUAUUUACCUACCUCACUGGGGACACUGAGGCUUAAUUCAACCCCAGGACACAUGAGCAGGGCUGAGACUAAUAUCUAUACUUGCUUAAAAUCCAACCAACCAGCCACUUGGCAAAGAAGGGUACCUGGGCCUAUAUGGCAGGAGCCCGAGGGCAACUCUGCCUGCCAUAAUACCCCCUGUAAGCCUGGGCUGCACAUACUACAUCAGGGAAGCCCAGGGACUAGAGGCUUUCGAUGGGGAGGAGGCUGUGACGAAUGGGUUGGACAGGUUAUUAUCAUGUUUUAGACCAGAGGUUGCAGCCUGUAGGCCUGUAUUUUAUGGCCUGCCUCCUAAGAAGAGUUUUUAUAUUUUUAAAGGGUUGUAAAAAAAGGGGGGGGGGAGAAUAUGCAACAGAAUAUAUGUCAGCUGGAAAGCCUGAAAUAGUUACUAUCUGUAAUAUCUGGCUCUUUUCGUGAAAAGUUGGCUGACCCAUGGUCCAGAUGCUCUUGGAGCUCAUAGCUCACAGCCUCUUGGAGCUCAUAGAGGCAGAGGAGGUCCUGGUGGAAACCCAGGACUCCUCCUCCUGGCUCUCUUUCUUGUUGCUGAGCACAGAGGACCCAGCUGCCAUUGUACACAGGGACAGUUCCACACCCUGUCCACCACUGUGGUGCUAAGAUGGGAUCCUUCUGUGUUAGGAGGCCUCCUGAGAAACUAGAACAAGUUGAUGGGGAAGACGGAGGACUCCUCCGAGAGGGGCCCGGACAGGCUUGGCUUCACUCCUAGGGAUGUCCCCCGUCAUCAGAGCUUUGGUCACCGCUACUUGUCCCCAUCACUGUCUGCAAGGCCAGAGGGAACACAGCUCCCUAUGAUAGAGUCACUGUUGUAUGAUUUUUGUGCUCUUUUUUAUAAUUUAUGCAAACCACCGAGAAACCUAAACCAGUCUGCUGAGUGGAAAUCAUGCAGACACGCUAUGACUACACAGGCAACUAUGGUGAAGGUCAGUUAGAGAAAAGUAGUAGAUACUGUGUGAGUGAAGAUGAAUAGAGAUCCUUAUUCCACUCCUUAAUGGCAUACCAAGAUCAAAUUAAAGACCUCUUAACAAAUGA